UAUCUCGGUUUCUACGUAACAGUCUUGAUUGAUGAAUCAUCGUCAGUUAUCAAAUUUGAAACAUUUGAACCCGGAAUGGCACCGGCGAUAAUAAUGAAUGCAACCGAUAAACCGGUGGAAUUCAGUCAAAAAGGUGCUCGUAGCAAGACGACGCUAGGCCCGUGGGAAAGCUGUGCAUUUACAUGGACUGAUGUGACACGCGAUCGUGAGCUGGAAUGGAAGAGUGGUGAUGCAAAUUAUUCGGAUCCAUUGAUCAGGAAUACUUUUGAAGACUAUAAGCCUGUAAAAUCGAGCGACACACACUAUUACUGGGUUUCAUUUUUGAACGGGCGUCAACGUGUGUACCUGUUCACGAACGAUUUAGCAGUGAUGACAACGGCGCAUGAGGCAUAUGAAGUGGAACGGGCAACACUCUCACUUGAAAUGUCCUUGCAAGGAAUUGGUGUCUCAGUUGUUGAUAAUUUCAAAACCGAAGAAAUUGCAUAUAUGGGCAUUGCAUCAUCGGCGAUCAUUUGGGAACAGUUCGUCAAAACUCGAUUCAGGUACCUCUUGAAACUUAUUGAUCCCAUCAGAACUGGAUUCAGGUUACUCUGUGCAAAGUAUUGUUAUUAG